AACGGAGCUCCAACCGCGAGUCGACUAAAUAGGAUAACUCUUUAAUAAGCCAUUUCUACGAGGUUGCCCCUCCCAGAGGACUACGCAGGAACUCUCUUUCUCGUUGCAUAUUCGUUUUCCAUUACAAAAGGAAAAUGGGUUAUUUGUCUUCUGCAUUUCCCUCUUUAUUACACCCAUUUUUGUGAAUUUCAGCGUUGAAAGAAAUUUAUCGGCUGUUAUUUUAUUUCCCUAGUUUUGAGAAUAAUUAUAGAAAUAUCUUGAGUCGAUAAUGGACGAUCCGAUUGGAGUGAAGAAGAGGGUGGUGGUGGUGGGAGGCGGAAUUGCCGGCUCUCUUAUUGCCAAGACCCUUCUAAACGACGCUGAUGUUUUCCUUAUUGAUCUGAAGGAGUACUUUGAGAUUUCCUGGGCAAGCUUGAGAUCAAUGGUUGAACCAUCAUUUGCACAGAGAUCAGUGAUUAAUCACUUGGAAUACAUUCCUAGUGCACACAUUAUUGCAUCUGCUGCAACUGACAUCACAGAGAAUGAAGUACUGACUGCUCAAGGCCGUCUAAUUGCAUAUGAUUAUCUUGUCAUAGCCACUGGUCAUGGAGAUGCUGGUCCUUGUUCAAAAGAUGAGAAACUUAGUUGCUACCAAGCAGAGCAUGACAAGAUAAGAUCUGCAAAUUCAAUUUUGAUCGUUGGAGGGGGACCUACUGGUGUGGAAUUAGCAGCUGAAAUUGUUGUUGACUUUCCUGGUAAGAAGGUGACACUGGUGCAUCGAGGAUCAAGGUUGUUAGAAUUCAUUGGAGAAAAGGCUGGUAAAAUGGCCCAUGAUUGGUUGAUCUCAAAGAAGGUUGAAGUCAUCUUGGGCCAAUCUGUUGACUUGAACUCUUGGUCAGAUGAUGUUUAUAAAACAUCUGGUGGAGAGACCAUAAAAGCUGAUUGCCAUUUUAUAUGCACGGGUAAGCCAAUUGGUUCGUCAUGGCUAAAGGAGACUGUUUUGAAGGAUAGCUUAGACAGUCGUGGAAGGCUAAUGGUUGAUGCAAACUUGAGGGUCAAGGGUCACAAGAAUGUCUUUGGUAUUGGAGACAUCACAGAUAUUCCUGAACUCAAACAAGGAUAUUUGGCACAAAAGCAUGCAUUGGUGGCUGCUAAGAACUUGAAUAUGUUAAUGAAAGGAAGCGAAGAAAACGCUCUGGUUAAUUACAAGCCUGCUUCACCAAUGGCAAUUGUUUCACUCGGUCGAAGAGAUGCGGUGGCUCAAAUUCGCUGUUUACCUAUUGUUGGACGCAUUCCUGGCCUGAUAAAAUCUGGGGACUUGUUUGUUGGGAAGACACGAAAGCAACUUGGUCUAAAAUCCUAGUCUAGCAAUAGCCUAAAAGUAGAUGGUCAAGGAUGAAUUGCAGUUGAGCUCAACUCUUGUUGUAAGUUCAAGACAGUUCACACCCCUCAAUUCCUUGUCCUCGGAACAAAAAUACUUUUCUGGGCUUUGUUUGCUGAAGCUUCUCCUUUCUUAUAAACCUUCACUGUUCCCAAUGUUGCACUUCUUGAUGAAGGUUGAUAUGCUUUCCUGCUAUACAGCAUUUUGAGUAUUUGGGAUAUGGAACUUAAGUUGGGUAGAAUAAAGCUAA